UGUUAAAACGUUUGACUCUAUUUGGAGUUGUGUCCAUUGCAGAUGAAUAAAGUUUUUUUCUUCUUCUUUUCUACUCCAGCUGAGCUUGUUGGCAGCAGGCUCCGUCCUCCUCUCAGAGAGCCCGCACCAGGAUGGGUGCUCUCCCGGCGCAAAGGAUACUAUGGAUGUGCGUUUUGGUGAUUUUGGGAAUAACAGGAGUUUGCGGUUCCAACGUCUGCACCUCCAGAGGGGCCAGUACAUGCAAGCAGUGUCUGGCUGUGCACCCCAGCUGUGCGUGGUGCUUCCAAGAGGACUUUGGCCAGGGGGUGGCCAGUUCCUCUCGCUGCGAUCUGAAGACCAACCUGUUGGCAGCAGGGUGUGUUCCGUCAGCUAUGGAGUCUCCGACCAGCAAACUGCAGGUGAUCGAGGACCGGCCCCUCAGCAACAAGGCAGCGGGAGCCACGCAAGACGUCACUCAGAUAAAGCCCCAGAGGCUACAGAUCACCCUCAGGCCAGAUGAUGCUAAGCGCUUCACAGUAAAAGUGCGUCAGGUAGAUGACUACCCCGUGGACCUCUACUACCUCAUGGAUCUCUCCUACUCCAUGAACGAUGACCUCUUCCGCCUGAGAACGCUGGGCAGAGGCCUGGCCGACGCUAUGAAUCGCACCACCAGCAACCUCCGCAUGGGCUUUGGGGCUUUUGUGGACAAGCCGCUCUCGCCUUACAUGUUCAUCUCCCCUAAAGAGGCUGUGGAGAACCCCUGCUACAGUAUUAAUACCACCUGCCUGCCCCAGUUCGGUUACAAACACGUUCUGUCCCUGACGGAGGAGGUGGGCCGCUUCACAGAGGAAGUGAAGAAGCAGAUGGUGUCCAGAAACCGAGAUGCCCCGGAGGGAGGCUUUGAUGCCAUCAUCCAGGCUGCUGUGUGCAAGGAGCAGAUCGGCUGGCGCCCAGGUGCAUCCCACCUUCUGAUCUUCACCUCGGACGCUAAGACUCACGUGGCUCUGGACGGUCGUCUGGCAGGAAUCGUGCAGCCCAACGAUGGGAAGUGCCACCUCAACUCUGAAAAUAUGUACAGCAUGUCAACCACCAUGGACUACCCAUCUCUCGCUCUGAUCACAGAGAAGAUGUCGGAGAAUAACAUCAAUCUCAUCUUUGCUGUCACCAACCCUGUGGUUCCUUUGUACCAGAACUACAGUGAGCUGAUUCCUGGCACCACAGUAGGAACACUGUCCAACGACUCGGGCAAUGUUAUUCAGCUCAUACAGAAGGCUUACGCUAAAAUCCGCUCCAAGGUGGAGCUGGAGCUUCAAGGUGUCCCUGAGGAGUUGUCCCUGUCCUUCAACGCCACUUGUCUGAAUGGCGAGCUCAUUCCUGGCCUCAAGUCCUGCUCUGGGCUCAAGAUAGGAGACACGGUUUCUUUCAGUGUGGAGGCCAGAGCUCGAGGUUGCCCCAAACAGAAGAAGAAAACCUUCAUCAUCAAGCCCGUAGGCUUCAAGGACGCCUUAACCAUCACUGUCACCUUUGAGUGCGACUGCAAGUGCCAGAACAAAGCCCAGCCCGACAGCCCCAAAUGCAACCACGGCAACGGCACCUACGAGUGUGGCAUCUGCCUGUGCCACCCGGGUCGCUUGGGGCCGCACUGCGAGUGCGCAGAGGGUGACUAUAACCCCACAGAGCAGGACCGCUGCAGCGGACCCGCAGGCACUGGAGGACCUCAGUCUGCCAUCUGCAGCGGCCGUGGAGACUGUGUGUGCGGCCAGUGUGUGUGCCACAGCAGUGACUUUGGGAAAGUGUGGGGGAAGCUGUGUGAGUGUGACGACUUCAACUGUCUACGCUACAAGGGGGAACUGUGCUCAGGUCAUGGCAUCUGUAACUGUGGCUUCUGCCAGUGUGCACCGGACUGGCAGGGUGAGAACUGUAACUGCUCCAGACGUACCGACACCUGUAUGUCCAACCUUGGCUUGUUGUGCAGCGGAAGGGGCCAGUGUGUGUGCGGGGCCUGUGAGUGCACCCAGCCCGGUGCCUACGGGGCCACGUGUGACAAAUGUCCAACCUGCCCUGACGCCUGCACCAUGAAGAAGGAGUGUGUGGAGUGUAAGCACUUCAAGAGGGGCAAGCUGUUUGAGGACAACACCUGCUCUCGGAUCUGCAAGGAUGAGAUUGAGCUUGUGGAGGAAAUAGUGUUCCAUGAUACAAAUGCUGUGAACUGCACUUACAAAGAUGAAGACGAUUGUUUGGAGCAUUUCCAGUACUAUGAGGACGCCGGUGGGAAGUCCAUCUUGUACGUCGUCAAAGAGCCAGACUGCCCCAAGGGUCCAGACAUUUUAGUGGUGCUUCUGUCGGUGGCAGGGGCCAUCUUGUUCCUCGGCUUGGCGGCCCUGCUUAUCUGGAAACUGCUGGUCACCAUCCACGACAGACGGGAGUUUGCCAAAUUUGAGGAAGAACGCGCUCGUGCCAAGUGGGACACGGGACACAACCCUCUCUACAAAGGAGCCACAUCUACCUUCACGAACAUCACAUACAGAGGAAAAGACUGAUGCUACUGAACAAGGAUGAAGAACAAUGGACUUUUACUGUCCUUUUUGGGAAGGCACCGAAUCAUGUGCAGGCCUCUACUGUCACAAGACAAUAAUUAAUAAUUAUUUGUGUUUGUAAAUAUGUAGAAAUGAUUCCAAGGACACAUUUUUAUCAGGGAUUUGUCAUAAACGCCCACUUAUAGCACGAUGAUGAAUAAGAUUGUUUUGAUUUUUGUAUGGUUGACAAAGAGCUCUGGUGCUGUGCAGGUUUACCCCUACCCAUAGUAUCCAGCCAUGUAUAUAGUUUUUAUUUUAUUUGCCCCUAUAUUAAAAUAUAAACAGAGCCCCCAAAAUCCAGAAAGAUUGUGCCUUUUAAACUUUAACGUCUCUGUUCAGCUGCCAGUCCUCUGGAUAACCCACAGACGUAGCUGUGGACGGAAAAUCGUAUCAAAAGAAAACUACUGGCAGCAAAAUCUGUAGGUUAUUCUGAAUAUCUGGUCCAGAGGAACAUAAAACCAAAACUAUCCACAUGACUGGAUACCGCUGAGGCUAAGCGUGGAAAUAAAUAAAAAAAAAAUGAUGUGGGUGAACUAACUCUUGAAGUCAGUGGGAGAACAAAAGGGCAGAUAAUGUUUUGCAAGACAAACUUCAUUUCCUGAUCACAAUGUUGGGAUUUCCUGUUUGUGGUCGUCGGUGGGACAACGGCAAGAUAAACCGUCUUUAAUUCAGUCAAGUGUCAUGCUGGAGAUAAGAUGUGGUUUGGAGUAAACUGUUAAUUUACUGAAAACUGGUGCAGUGUCUUGUGUGGACUCUGGGAGAUAAGCGUUGUCUCUCGUGUACAGUUUGUUUUCCUGAAAUUUCAAAUAUGUCGUAUUCAUUCUGAUGUGGGAAACUUUACAACCACAGUCCAGAUGUGAACAACAAAGGCAAGGCUACAAUAAAAUUCAAAAUAGACGUGGAGCUUUAUUCCAUAAUGAACAAUUAAAGAUAUUAUAUUUCAAAUGAAAGACACUUUAGGGAGUAUGUAUAUUUAUAUGUUUAAUACAUAUAUAUAUGAUAAGCAAACUAUUCUUAAUCACUGAUGUUUUUGAAGGUUAAACAGUAACCAGUGUCCACUGAGUUUUUGUUUUAAAAGUCCAGUAUGUAGGAUUUAGGUGGAUAUAUUAGCCAAAAUGGAAUAUAAUAUAGUCAGUAUGGUCUCUCUAGUGUAUAAUCACCUGAUAAGUCACGUCAAGUUUGCCGCGUUGUCCGCCAUGUUGUUCUACAGUUGUCCAGAAGAUGUAAACCAAACACUGGCUAUAGAAUCGGGACUUUUGCGUUUUCGUGUCGGCCACCGUAGUUAGCGGCCCCUUUGUGCUGAGCUGAACUGCAUCAGCAAAACAUAGAUUUUUAACGUGAAGCUGCUUUAUUCAGGGUUUUAUCAGUUUAAAUCACCAGACCCAUUUGUUUCGGAGAGGAGGAGACCUCUGUGGAUAAUUCGGCUCAUGGUAAAAACCUCCUGAACGCCUGGAUCUUAAGUUAUCAAAGGAAAAAGACGAGCACAAACUAGCAGAUACUAAGCUAACAGUUCGUCUGCAACAAGUGAAACAGUCGGAGAAACACUGAUCUUUAACAUGAAACAGUAAUCAGUGUUUUUACACAUUUUAAUCACAUGGACCAUUUGUUUUGGAGAGAAAAACACCUCUAUGGAUAAUUCGGCUCCCAGUAAAAAACUCCUGAACAAUAAACACUGAAGGAAUCCUAACCAUACUAGCACGUGGGAGAAGUUUGAGCUGGUUGCAAUCUGCAAUCCUCACCACUAGAUGCCACUAAAUCCUACACACUGCUCCUUUAAAUGUAAAAUCUUGUUUGAUAAUUUGAGGCUGAGCAUCUGGAAACUUCAUUUCACCAAGACAAGCAACCAGAAUUGUGAUUUCCUGUAGUGCUGCCUUUAAUAUGUUUCUUUCACACCCAUGUACAUUUGGUACCUACUUAAGAUUUACAUCAUUAAACCCGAGGGGGCAAAAUAAUUGAGGCAUGAGAAGAGUUUUGGGGUUUAAUGGCAACAAAAAAUUUUAAAUUUAUGGCCAAAUUACUUCGAAUUACACAUUACACUACAUGAAUUCACAAAAGACAGAGCACACAUAUAUGACUAGUAAAUUAUUGUGCUCAGUGCCCUCGACUCUCAUCUGAGCGUGCAGGGCUUUUUGUCUGUAAUGCUCUGCUUCCACCUCCUGGACAUAAAGUGCAAGUGUACCUCACUGGUCCUUUUAUAGUUUAGGUAAUUGAAUCAAACAUCCAAGAUAAACUACCUCAUGAUGAAUCCUACACGUAGCAGUGUAGUUGCAGAUUAGAUCUACUGAAACAAAGCAAACAAUAAGCCAACAACAGUCACAAAGUAAUUACGUUAUCUGUGCGUGAAAUGGCUCAGCACCUCCCUCAGUGUGGAGACACAAUUAUCACUGCUGCUGCUGCUGUGUGACAACUAAUACAUGCAUUUACAGCACAUGUAAACAAAGGAAAUGAUAAACAGUCAUGGACAUAAAACAUCUGCGGAAAAACUUCUGCAAAACCCCAAAUUACAGUCAGUGAUAUGAGACCGACAGGAGUGGUUAGACUCUGGCCUAUUAUAUAUAUAUAUAUAUAUUUUUUUAAAAACUCUUGAUAUUAAGUAUUUUUAGAUGUUUAGACAAAGCACAAACACCAUAGAGAACACUGUGUGGGGACACACCAGUUGAGUAUUCAUGAGUCCACUUGUUAAAUGUCCUUUUAUUGUCCACAGACAUUCAUGGUGAAGCUGCACCCAUGUCUUCUGAAAUAAAGACAAUCCAUUCCUCUCAUUUUCUGAGGAAUUUUGCUCCUCUAGACCUCAAAGAAAAAGUCAUAUUUCUCAUUAUAAAGAUCUCCUUGGUUAUGUCCAUCCAUUGUUUAAGGCUUGGAGGCUCAGUUUUGUACCAGGAGCCAUUAUACUCUUGUUUAUGACAUUAAAAAUUGAAUUGUAAUGGGAACUUUCAUCUGU